GUCAUUUUCAGGUUCAACUUUGCCUAGCAGCCACUUUUAGUAAUGACACCCCUGUAAAUAACACAUUCAAGAUACUAGUCUUGAGUCUGCUGUUGCCAGGCGAUAUAUAUAAACAUGCUGCAUACAGGUAGCUGGCUUAAACAGAGUUCACGCUCUGCAACCCUCUCUCUCUCUCUCUGUAAGUGUUAGAGCAGCGCGUGGACGCAGGCUGAAAAAGCCCUCCGGCCGCUUCCUCAUGACAUCACAUGGUUGCAGAAUGACUUCUCUAGCAUUCAUCUGUGAGGCAAGACUUCCUAAACACAGAGCGCGCUCACUGCUCUGUUGACACUGAGGCUUCAGUUUCUUGUGCUUAUCAUUUGAAGAAUAAAUAAAAAAAAAAAGGUAAGACCUUUCCUUUUUGUUUCUGGUUUAUUUAAAGACGCCUUUGUAGUCCACUGCAGUAUAUUAAAGCUGGUUAAAGUAAGAAAGUUGGGAGCAGAAAGUGUAGUGUUUGUUGUAAAGAAAGGCCCAAAGCUUUUCAUAUCCUUCAUGCUUCAUAUUUAGAAACAGUGUUUUGAUAGUAAUAUUAUACUGUAGAGCGUAACAUACUUGAGGCCUGUUCAUGAAGGGAAUGUAUUUGUGUUCCAAAAAGUCCUUUCAUGACACUAAGCAGUGUCUAAUUUACAGUUUUUUAACAUUAUGUUUCAUUUGCUGCAAAGCUGCAACCCAAUAUCCUAGCCUACUAACAAAUAAAACACUUCUUUUUAGCUUAGUUGACAUAUCUUCACUUCAAAAUCUCGUAUCUGUCUCUCCUAUUUCUAGCUCUUAGCAGCGCAAAAGAGAUGGUACUUCAAAACCUUGUCUGAGUGAGUCAUGAAGUUGUGGUGACAAAACUAGAAACACUUCUGUUAAGGGGGGGGGAUGCAUCGCAGCUCUGAAUUCAGCUGCCUCUUGGUAACGGCUCCCGCAGUCUUGCAGGCAUUAUGCUGUCAUGUGUUCUGUAUGGCGGGGUAUUAAGAUAAUCCUCAACACAAUGUUUACAUACCUUGUUCACUGGCUUAUUAGAAAGGGGAAGUACUGUAUAGUUGUAACAAAGUGUGGCACUGUUGCAUUAAUGUUCUUGUGUAACCAGACUAGCUUUCUCAAAAUGUCACUUUUAGUAAGCUGCUGUGCUAUUUCUCUCUCCGUCUCACAGGAACCUCGAGUAUCUUCAUGAACCACAAAACUUAUCAGUGAUCUGAUGCUACUUCCCGUCUCUGUCGUCAUGGCGACUGUAAGAGCCCCAGAGCGCUGGAUGCAGGGCCAGUGAGGAGGCCCUGAUGUCUGAUUCCACUCCUGACUGCGACUGAAAUACUACUCACACACCGUGCUGCUUCUUUUAAAAAAAAAAAAAAAAAGAGUCCCAGACAUGGAGGAGGACGGCAGGGUGAACGGCUUCGGACUGACCCCAGGGAGGAGGCGCUCAGACUGGGGUCGAAUCGCCCUGCUGGACAAGACCAAGGAGUUCUUCCAGACCUGCGAUGUGGAGGGCAAAGGCUUCAUCACCCGCACCGAUAUGAGGAGGCUCCACAGACAGCUGCCUCUGUCUGCAGAGGAGCUGGAGGAUGUGUUUGACUCUCUGGAUAAAGACUGUGCUGGUUACCUCACGCUGGAGGUAUUCUCCUCUGGAUUCAGUCAGUUCCUGCAUGGCCGGAGGAUCUCUGUGGCCGAUGACCAAAAUCAGUCCCCCGGCCCCGUCUUUAGGGCCAAGGAAGCUCUUUAUCAGAGCCAAUGGGAAGCCAAGCUGUCAGGAGGUGAAGACGAGGAGGAGGGGCACUUCUGUAUGCUGCUGGAAAGCCUGGGAGCCAGUAAUGUGUUUGAGGAUCCAGGCGAGGUGCGCAGUCUCUGGGCCCAGCUCAGGCGAGAUGAGCCUCACCUCCUGUCCAAUUUCGAGGAGUUCCUGGCCAGGGUCACCCACCAGAUCAAAGACGCCCACCAGGAGAAGAAGGAGAUGGAGAGCGCCCUCGAGAGGAAGGCUGCGACACAUGACAGUGAGAUCCGUUAUUUAUACGAAGAGAUGGAGGCGCAGAUCAAAAACGAGAAAGACCGGCUGAUACUAAAGGACUCUGAGCGUCUUCAGGUGCGCAGCCAAGACAUGGAGCACCAGCUGUCUGCUAAGGAGAAAGAGCUGGACCAUCUUUUCCAGAAGCAGAAAAGGUUAGAGCUCCAGUGCACCGAGCUGGACAGCGAGAAGCAGGAAAGCCACGUGGAGAACGUCAAGCUGAAGAUGACCAACGACGAGCUGACCCGAGCGCUGGAGAGCACCAGCCAGGACCUGGGGCUGGCCCAGGAGCAGCUGGCCAUGCUGCAGGAGCAGGCUGCCCGUCUGCAACAGGAGAAAGAGAUGGAAAUGUACAGAGUAACUGAGGGACUGCAGAGAGAGAAGCAGAGUCUCAUGAAGCAGCUUGACCUCCUCAGAGAGAUGAACAAACAUUUAAAGGAUGAGCGAGACAUAUGCUGCGGCGUACCUCGGACCUCACUCAGGAAGAAGCAGAAGCAGAGAUCGGGCCUCGCCAAUAUAUUCGACGACACCAGCCAGCCAGCGAAGAGAGCCCCACUGCUGGUGGACGGGUCCUACCAGUCUCUGGAGGCUUUGCCUAUAGAGCACCUUCAUAUCGUGUUUGUUGCUUCCUCCUCCUGUAGUGAGGAUGACACCACCACUGCCACCAUGCCCUCCUCCUCCACCACCACCGCCACCACUACCUCCAUCGUUAGCGCCCCCGCAUGUCAACAACGCCCCGCAGCAAAGAAAAACUCUGGCUUAGCCAACGGUUACGUCAACCCCGCUGCAUCCAAAGUGCACGACGUGAAGGCAAAAGCCAAAAAGUCACCUGGCAAGAUAGCCGCCGCUAAGAGGGUGACGGGGAGAGACAGAGAGAGAGCGAAAAAAGUGGACAUUAAGAAGAAGACAGGUGGGGUGGAGGAGGACGGCUUGGACGCCCCUCCGGACGGGUGGCCUCUUCGCAGAGUCAUCUCCAUCGAGGAGGACCACCUGCCCCACCUGCUCCUCGGAGGGCCUCAGCCUUUACUGCACCAGCUCAGCGAGGAGGACGACGAGGGGGACAAUGAGGAGGAAGAGGAAGCGCAGAGUGACUCUGAAACAAGUGUUGUCAUGGCAGCAGACCUCACCGCCACCCCAUCCUCUAGUCACGUCCCUGUGUUGGCGGAAGCGCCUCCGGGAAGGAGAUCCCGCUAUAAAAAGACGCCCUUGUCUCCAAGAGGACAGCCUGUCGGGAAGGAGACCCAGCAGAAGACAAAAGAAAGAGCCCUGUUUGCCCCGGACCGUCUGUUCAAAGUGGUCCUGGUUGGAAACUCCAGUGUAGGCAAGACCUCCCUGCUCCGCUCCUUCUGCGAGGGCCGUUUCCACCCCUCCACAACUGCUACUGUGGGUAUUGACUUCAGUGUGAAGACUCUAACCCUGGAUAAUAUGCAGAUAGCCAUGCAGCUUUGGGACACGGCAGGUCAAGAGAGGUACCGCAGCAUAACCAAGCAGUUCUUUCGCAAGGCGGACGGCGUGGUGGUGAUGUACGACGUCACGGUGGAGGAGAGCUUCAGGGCCGUGCAACCCUGGCUCACCAACGUCCAGGAAGCAGCAGGAGAAGGGAUUCCCAUCCUCCUUUUGGGCAACAAAAUGGACAUGGAUGGAGACAGGGAGGUGUCAUUCAAAGAGGCUGAGCGACUGGCUUAUGAAAACAAGGUGAUGUUCUUUGAGGUCAGCGCCUACACCGCCAAGAAUGUGACAGAGUCCCUCACACACCUGGCGAGAGUGCUAAUGGAGCAGGAGGACAGGGUGAGAGACACCACAGUCAUUCUGAGUGCUCAGCCCGUAAAGAAGAAAGCCUGCUGCAAGUGAAGUGUAAACUCAAUUUACUGAGUUCUACAUCACUUUUUGCAGCGUUCUAAGACGUGUGUCUUUUAACAAGCUGUCUUCAUUUUGGCUCAGAGAUGCACGACACGUUGGAAGUGGACACGAAAGACUGUGUAGCCCGUACGAAAAAAUGAAACCUACUGUCAAGUUUAAAUGAUGAGGCUCAGAGGAAGAGCUUGUCUAAAGUAAAGCAUAAGGUGCUGCACCGUUUCCUGUAUAUAAUGCUGUGUUGCCAAAUCACAGUAGUGCUGUCUAUAAGAUUUAAAAUAGAAACUGUAUUAUAAUUACUUUUAAUAACGACCUCCACCCGAGAGAGAAAAAUAAUGAAUAUAGUGUAGCUUUUUCAUAAAUGAAUGCUAGCUUACAAGUCUUAGAGGGGUAGUCUGGGUGUUUUGAAGUGAGGUUGUACGAGGUACUUAUCCAUAGUCAGUGUAUUACCUACAGUACAUGAUGGUCGGCACGUCACCAGCUUGGAGAAGCAGACUGGAGUU